UUUCACACGAGCCGUUCGCGUGCAGUCCCAGAUAUAUAUAGAGGCCGCCAGGGCCUGGGGAUCACACAGGAUCCGGAGCUGGUGCAGAUAACAGUGGAAUCCCCCGUCUACCUCUCUCCUUGGUCCUGGAAUAGCGCUACCGGUCACCAAGUAGCCAUAAGAUAUUAUAAUAAACCCUCAGCACUUGCUCAGUAGUUUUGUGAAAGUCUCCAGUGAAAGGGACAUAAACAAAACAAUUUUUUGUGUGAAGGACUCCAAAAAUAAAAUUCUCUAGGGAUUAAAAAAAAAAAAAAAGCAACAGAAAAUGCCAGCAGAUAUAAUGGAGAAAAAUUCCUCGUCCCCGGUGGCUGCUACCCCAGCCAGUGUCAACACGACACCGGAUAAACCAAAGACAGCAUCUGAGCACAGAAAGUCAUCCAAGCCUAUCAUGGAGAAAAGACGACGAGCAAGAAUAAAUGAAAGUCUGAGCCAGCUGAAAACACUGAUUUUGGAUGCUCUUAAGAAAGAUAGCUCGCGACAUUCCAAGCUGGAGAAGGCGGACAUUCUGGAAAUGACAGUGAAGCACCUCCGGAACCUGCAGCGGGCGCAGAUGACGGCCGCGCUAAGCACAGACCCGAGCGUGCUGGGGAAGUACCGCGCCGGCUUCAGCGAGUGCAUGAACGAGGUGACCCGCUUCCUGUCCACGUGCGAGGGCGUUAACACUGAGGUGCGCACCCGGUUGCUCGGCCACCUGGCCAACUGCAUGACCCAGAUCAACGCCAUGACCUACCCCGGGCAGCCGCACCCCGCCUUGCAGGCGCCGCCGCCGCCCCCGCCGGGACCCGGCGGCCCGCAGCACGCGCCGUUCGCGCCGCCACCGCCGCUCGUGCCCAUCCCCGGGGGCGCGGCGCCCCCUCCCGGCGGCGCGCCCUGCAAGCUGGGCAGCCCGGCCGGAGAGGCGGCUAAGGUGUUCGGCGGCUUCCAGGUGGUGCCGGCUCCGGACGGCCAGUUUGCCUUCCUCAUCCCCAACGGGGCCUUCGCUCACAGCGGCCCCGUCAUCCCAGUCUACACCAGCAGCAGUGGGACCUCCGUGGGCCCGAACGCAGUGUCGCCUUCCAGCGGCCCCUCGCUCACGGCAGACUCCAUGUGGAGGCCGUGGCGGAACUGAGGGGCUCAGGUCACCCCUCCACCUAAACUCCCAACCCACCUCUCUUCCCUCGGGAUACACAACAGGAACUUGGACACUGGGAGAGAAGAGGACUUUUGUGAUUAAGUGGUUACUUUGGUUUUUUUUAAUUUCUAAAAAGUUACUUUUUUGUAGAGAGCUGUAUUAAGUGACUGACCAUGCACUAUAUUUGUAUAUAUUUUAUAUGUUCAUAUUGGAUUGCGCCUUUGUAUUAUAAAAGUUCAGAUGACAUUUCGUUUUUUACACGAGAUUUCUUUUUUAUGUGAUGCCAAAGAUGUUUGAAAAUGCUCUUAAAAUAUCUUCCUUUUGGGAAGUUUAUUUGAGAAAAUAUAAUAAAAGAAAAAAGCGUGAAGGCU